AUGGGUGAGGCAGCCGGUUGUUUUGUUUCGCCUUCUGACUUUGACGUCAAUCGGUUUAUUGGCCGUGGAUGUUAUUCUGUUGUUUAUGAGGUUGCCAAGAGGAAUGGAACUGAUUCCGGCUCACGUUAUGCGUUGAAAAGAUUCUUUCUGGAGAACGAUUCUUCUGUAAAAUGUGUCCUUCGUGAAAGGCGCAUUCUAGAGCGCUUGGCACUAGCGGAUUACGAGAGUCCUUUUCUUCCAAAGUUACUAUAUGGAUUGUGGUGUAAUUAUUCUUCCGCAUUCAUUCUUCGAGAAGGAGCUGGUUGCGAUCUGUACGACCUGCUAUGCCAUGUUGGUUUUCUAUCGGAGACAAAUGCCCGUUUUUACCUUACCGAGGUUAUAUGCGGACUAGAACACCUCCACUCACUCAACAUCGUUCAUCUUGAUAUAAAGCCUGAGAAUGUUCUGUUUUACCCGGAUGGACAUGUUUUUCUUUCUGACCUGGAUAGAUCCUUCGAUAUAAGUCUGGGCAUGAAACCUACACUUGAUGAUUUUACUGGAACACCUCUAUUCAUGGCUCCGGAGAUUGCAAAAGGAGAAGUAAUUGACCUACGCGCGGAUAUCUGGAGCCUCGGGGCACUUGUGGCCGAAAUGGUUGCUGGACCUAUUAGACCAGACUCUCAUGAUACCGCCCACGAAUUCCAGAGAGCACGUUCAGGGACGUACACUAUUCGGGGUUUGAAACGCUUCUCCAAACCACUACAGUCAUUCUUCACGGUGUGCCUCCAGAAAAAUCUUAAUCAAAGACCUCACUUAAAGGACGUGAAGAAGCUCCGUUUCUUGCGAUAUGUUGACUGGGAAAAGGCGAAUAAACUUGACCUUCUACCUCCGUAUAAAACUUCCGAAAUACACCACCGGCCCGCUAAAGAGGAGCGGGGUCCUCUCAAAUCUACUGAUCAGCGUGUCUUGAGUGGUGCUUUCAGUCCACUUAGACCAGUGGUCUUCGCUUCCAAUAAGGCCAAGAAGAAGCAAACGGAACUGUGUGCCGUCCCGGUUGAUUCGUUUACGGAGCAAAGACAAUCAUCCGCACUCACAGAUUGCCUUAGGAAAGAUGGAUAUACGUUGGAGUUGUUGAAUGAAAGGUUCAAGUGUUUCAAUUUUGUUCACCCGAGCUUGAGAUAUAACUAUAGUACGGCCAAGCCGGAGAGCCAAAGUACUAAGUUGACAGCUUUGUCGCAAGACGAUCUUGAUACACUCUUCGGCGACAAACUGAAAAUAAUCGGUCUCGAAGAACCGUCAUCCCCUUCACUCUUCCGAAGAACACGGAAGCGUGGUCUUUCGAUUGGGGAU